AUGUGCUGUCCCCCUGGUUACUACCUGGCACAUUCCACGAAGGGCGAGGUGGUGGGUGAUUGCUUGUCUAAUGUCGCCGGCCAUUUCUCUGGUGUAUUCGCAUACAUUGAUGAUGGGUCCGUCUGGUCGGUCUCGACAGGCACCGUGACGGAUUUGACGACCGUGGGAGCCGUUGCGGUGAUCGGCUGGAAUAUCAGACAGACGCCGGAGACGGCCAGCACAUCACCAACGCUUUCCUCCCCAACGACCGAGUCGCUCUCGUCGACCUCCACGCCGACGACUUCCUCUGCGACAUCAUCGCCUACAUCCACGGGCGGCUGGACGUCCGGCCUGCCACGUGGCGCUGCUGUUGGAAUAGGGGUCGGCGUUGGGCUUGGUGUCGUUGGAUUAGCAUCUCUCAUUGCAUCCUUUAUCCUGAUUCGACGUCGAAAGCGCAAGAGAGAAGGUGAGAUCAACGGAGACUCAACCCUGCCCGGUGUUGUUGUCGAGGGGAAGCCAGCCGUGGGGGUCCCGCAUGGUAACAUGGACCAGCCUGGUCCAUCAGAGGCUGGCAAUGACGGCGCAAUACGAGCCUCGGAGCUGCACUCUGAGGAUCGGGAGUAUCAAAGCGUCACCCCCUCGGAGCUGCAUGGCUGA